AGGAGAGGAGAGGAGAGAUAAGACAGAACAGAGAGAGAGAGAGAGACAGAGGAGAGAGGAAGAAUGGGGAAGGAUCUGAGCGACGAGCAAGUAGCGUCGAUGAAGGAAGCAUUCACGCUGUUCGACACGGACGGCGACGGCCGGAUCGCGCCGUCGGAGCUGGGGAUCCUGAUGCGAUCGCUGGGAGGGAACCCCACGCAGGCGAAGCUGAAGGAGAUCAUAGCGCAGGAGAACCUCACAUCCCCCUUCGACUUCCCUCGCUUUCUCGACCUCAUGGCCAAGCACAUGAAGGCGGAGCCCUUCGACCGCCAGCUCCGCGAUGCCUUCAAGGUACUCGACAAGGACUCCACCGGCUUCGUCGCCGUCUCCGACCUCCGCCACAUCCUCACCAGCAUCGGCGAGAAGCUCGAGCCCUCUGAGUUUGACGAAUGGAUCCGCGAAGUCGAUGUCGGAUCUGAUGGAAGGAUCCGCUACGAAGAUUUCAUUUCUCGCAUGGUCGCUAAGUGAAAUUAUUGUUUUUGGCAUUUGAUUUGGCAGAGAUUUUGUUUUCAGGCCAGGAAGGUGGAGAGAAUAAAACCUUUAGGUAAAUGGACUUGGCUACAAGCCAGUGUGCUGUUCAAGUGAAGUAGUCUAUCCUCUAUGUUAGGCAUGGAUCCAUAUGCCCCUUUGGGUUUAAGAUUGUGUAAUUGUGGUCGUUGUACCAUGCUUCCCUGAAUGAGAACGGAUGGUUGUAAGAUUGUACAACUCGUAUGUAGAACGGAUGAUGGGUGAACUGCUUUGCUUAUAUGAUAGGGUUCUAAAUUGGAUUUUUAAGAUA